AUGCUUCCGGCCCAGCGCAACAAGAUUGAUAUCUCGUCGUUGAACGAAGAAGAGCAAAAGCUCUUCCGACUCUACGGCAAGCUGCCCAAGAAGGACUUGCUCCAGAACAAGCUCAAGGAGCGCAAGUAUUUUGACUCGGGCGAUUAUGCCCUCUCCAAAGCCGGUAAGGCGCCCCAACAGUCGGUCGGUACAGCAAUCCCCAACCCAGAGACGAUCCCACACGCCUCGACCGUCACCUCUCCCGGUGUCAGCGCCGUAUCGCCUACCGGCUCGUUGCCCGGUCAGCAAGGCGCUCCCCAAUCGGUGCCCGUCAACGUCCCCGGCGCCGCCGGUCUGGCUUCGCGUCCACAGGUGAGCGCUUUCCCCAUCAGCGGUGCCGGUUCGAGUCCCGGCAAGGAGAGCAGCUCGCUCGGACGCGAAGAGCACGUCGUCAACGCCGACGAUGCCAUGCAGGACUGA